AUGAAUUCAUCUAAAUUAUCAUUAACAUCAUUAUUUACACCCCCAUUUACCGUAUUAGAUACUAUUAUUGAAUUUGCACUUAAAAAUAAAGAUACUAAAAUGGCAGAUUAUGUUUAUAAAGCAUUAACUAUUGCCAAUAGAUUAGAAUUAUAUGUUCAUAGAUGUGUUAGUGAAGAAAUACAAGGAACUCAGAGUGAACAAACAGCAUUUCGAUUAAAUUCUAAAACAACACGGUUAUUAAAUAUUAUUUAUUUAAACCAAGGCAUUGGAUUUCUAUUUCAUUGUUUAUCACCUCUUUUUGAUGAAAUAGAAAAAAAGAAAAUAAAAAUAAAACCUCUUAGAACAUGUAAAACUGGUGACCAAGAUUUAAUAAUUUGUGCUCAAUUAGUAAAUAUGACAUUUCAAAGAACUAUUUCAAAUAUUGAUAAUUGUCCUUCAAUAGUAAGAAGAGUUUUAAGAAAAGUAUAUGAUGAGUUAAAUAAUAAAUUUCCUCAAAGUAAUACAUCUUGGAUAUGUCUUGGUGGAUUUAUUUUCUUAAGAUAUAUUUGUCCAGCAAUUAUACGUCCAUUAGAAUGGGGAUUAGUAUACGAUAUUCCUACAGAUAUGCUUGAAACAUAUACACAAAUAUCUGUUGUAUUACAGAAAGUAGCAAAUGUAAAACAUUCUGAUGUUGAUGAUCCAUUAGGAAGAUUAACAAAUGUUUUAGUUGAAUCAAGAAAGUUAGAUUAUUUCAAAUUUGUUACUGAAUUAGCUAAUGUACCAUAUGAAACAAUAAUUGAAGAAUAUCCAACAACAACACAACAAUUUAAUUAUUACCUUGGAAGAUUACAAGAUUAUUUCCUUCAACAUAAACAAAAUAUCAUUUCAACACUUAAACCUUCUCAAAUAAAUGAUUUUUCAUUAUUUGAACAAAUGAAUUUUAAUGAACCUGAUUCUCAAGUUAUUCUCCCAUCUAUUGUAUUAAAUAAUUUAUCUCAAUUCCCUCAAUCAAUUAAAUCUAAAAAUAUUUUAAUUGAAUUAAAAAAAAAAAUUGAAAAAGGAUUAAUGAUUACUUUAUGGGAUAUGCAUUAUCUUCAAAAGUCAAUGCAAUUAGAACAAGCAAUCUAUGAAGAAUCUACAAAAGAUCUUGUAAAUGCACGUUACAAUAGUUAUUUUCCAGGAAUAGUUACAUCAUCAGUAGAAUUAAUAUAUCGAGAAGAUUAUUCUCAAUGA